CCAAAAUCGCUGCAGCAAAAAACCGAUUCGUGUCGUUGUAAAACCUCUGAGAAAAAAGAAGACGAGAAUCGCAUAUACGAUCACACAUCAAUAGAACUGAAGAAGAAGAAGAAGAAGAAGAAGAAGAAGAAGAAGAAGAAGAGAGAAAUGGAUGCAGAAUUGCUAGAAUUGCAAAGACAAUUCGAAUCGGCACAGCAAGCAAAAUCAAGCAUAAGAUUAUCAGAACGAAACGUCGUCGAAUUGGUUCAAAAACUUCACCAGCUUCACAUCAUCGAUUUCGACCUUCUCCACACCGUUUCCGGCAAAGAAUACAUCACUCCCGAGCAAUUGAGGAAUGAAAUUGUGGUGGAGAUUAGGAAGUUAGGGCGUAUUUCGUUGAUUGAUCUUGCGGAUGUUAUUGGGGUUGAUUUGUAUCAUGUUGAGAAGCAAGCUCAGCAAGUGGUUUCCGAUGAUCCGGGUCUUAUGUUAAUCCAAGGAGAAAUUAUAUCACAGGAUUACUGGGAUAAUGUUGCUGAGGAAAUUAACGAGAGGCUUCAAGAAUGUAGUCAAAUUGCUUUGGCUGAAAUUGCUGCUCAGUUAAAUAUUGGCUCCGAAUUGGUUGCCUCUAUGUUAGAGGCUCGCCUCGGGAAAUUGGUGAAAGGUAGGCUUGAAGGAGGGCAGUUGUAUACGCCAGCUUAUGUUGCUCGUGUUAGUGCCAUGGUUCGAGGUGCUGCAAGGGGUAUUACAGUUCCUACUAAUUUGUCUUUACUAUGGGGAACUUUACAGCAAUUGUUGCAGGAAAUGGAUGGAGCUAGUGGUGUGGUUGUUGAAAGUUCAUUUUUUCAAUCUUUGUUUAAUGGGCUUGUCAAGGAAGGGGAGGUUCUAGGAUCACUCCGUGCAGGAGUUCAUUGGACUCCAACUGUCUUUGCCACUGCUCAGAAGGAGUGUGUAGAUUCUUUCUUUUCACAGAAUUCUUUUAUCAGCUAUGACACUCUGAAUAAACUUGGGAUUUCCCAGCCUAUUCAGUUUUUACAGUCCAGGUAUCCUGAAGGUAUACCUUUAGUUACUGCAUUUGCUCACCCGUCCUUGAUUGAGAUGUUGGAUGCUUCUGUCGAGGAUGCUGUUGAACGUGGUAGCUGGAUUGAUUCUCUUUCAGUAUUACCCACCUCGCUAGGUCCUCAAGAUGCAUAUAAGAUUUUAUCACUUUGUCCUUCUGUUAAGUCUAUUCUCAAGGGUAAUAAAGGACUUAUCCUAGGGGAUUCAUAUAUUUUCAGUACUGGUUUUGUCAAGUCCAUCUAUGAUCAAAUGGAAAAAGAGAUGGAUGCCUUUAGUCUUUCAGGCUCUUCUGGUGUUGUGCUAUGUGACGACCUAAGUAAGGAUGUCAAAGUUAGAAAUGAGUCCAGCAGGUCUAGCCAAGUAAACGAAACUGGUAAUGAGAAAAGGAGGAAAAAAGGAAAAUUUGUUGGAACAAAAACAAUUGAUGUUGCUGAUGAUGAGGACUAUGUUCCUACAAAAUCUAAGAAAAACCAAAGAAAAGGCAAGGACACGUCUUCUAUUCAAGUUUCAGAUGCAAAAGCAGGAGCUAGGAAAGAUUCGGCUAAGACACAAGAUGAAAACCUUAAUGUUCCUUCAGAAGAUUGGGUAAUGCAAAAGAUCCUUGCACUUGCUCCUGAUUUUGAAGAGCAAGGUGUAGAAGAUCUGCAGAUAAUCCUUAGACCUUUAGCUAACCAUAUGAGACCUAUGCUUAUUAAUUUUUUGAAGGAGCGAAAGAAGGCGUUAUUUACAGAAAACACUGAGAAAAUUAAACGUGUGCUUGAUAAUUUGCAAAAGAAGCUUGACGAGUCUUUCUUAAAUAUGCAGCUGUAUGAAAAAGCACUAGAUUUGUUUGAAGAUGACCAAUCAACUUCAGUUAUUUUGCACAGGCAUUUACUAAGAACAUUAGCUGUUUCUAUUGCAGAUACCCUCUUUUAUAAUUUGGACAAGCACAAUAAAUUGAAGAAUGGAAUUGAAGUUGAGGAGACUCAGAGUUCAGAAUCUGUCACACUUAAUUCUGCAGAAAGAAGUGCUCUAGCAAAAAGUUUCUCAGGAUCUCUUUUGAAAAAAGCUGUUGCAGUAGUAGAAGCUUUGGAAGGGAAGGAGGUGGAAGGAUUCAUGACAUCGCUGAGAGAAAUGGCAGAGGAGAGUGGGCUAGUCUUGAAAAAGCUUGACAAAAAAUUGGAAAGAACUCUUCUGCAUUCAUAUCGUAAGGACUUGACGGCUCAAGUUGCUGCUGAAACAGAUCCAGUUGCUCUGCUGCCUAAAGUUGUCUCCCUACUCUAUAUUCAGGUUCACAAUAAAGCCCUUCAAGCGCCAGGAAGAGCUAUUUCUUUUGCUGUGUCUCGUUUGAAGGACAAACUAGAUGAUUCAGCCUUUAAGAUCUUGACGGACUAUCAAAGUGCAACAGUUGCACUGUUAUCACUUGUUUCUGCUUCAACUGGUGAGGAAGAAGACUGUACAUCGGAUAGAAUUUUGAGCAAAAGGGAGUUUCUUGAGAAUCUAAUCCCACCACUGAAAGGCCUGGUUUUGAAAGCCUAACUGUUUUUGCCAUAGUAUGAUCUCAAUUAUCCGAACGUAUGUAGAAGCUGUGAAAAUAUCGACAUUGACAAGGCAACAACUCUGCUCAUCUCGUUCUAACUGUUUCCACCAAUGUGAGUGGAUAUAUUUCUGAUAGUAAUAUUUUUAUUUCUGAAAAGCAGCGAUGGAUGUUGUUCUGCAACUCUGUGCAAGCACGUGCAGAAUUGGAUGGUUUUUUGUUCGGACAGUUAGCAUCAUAUUUGGGUUGAGUUUCGCCGUGCACCCAUGCUGGAAGUUGAUCAUCACAAUGGUCGAAGUUGACGUAACAGGUAAGCUUCAACUAGGCAGUUUAAGUUGAUUAAAGAGAAACAUACCAUUGAAGCAUUUAGCAUGUUUUUCACCCUUUUUGAUGAUAUGGUAUAUUUAUAGAACAUUGUUCCUGAAAUAUUCCGCAAAUGACAAAAAUUGAAGUGCAUACAACUAAGAUAAAAGAAAAUUAAAAGCUUUUAUUUUUUUCUGUA